UAUUCGUAAAUAUUGUAUGAAGUUUUUCUUUUUUUUAACAUAAAGUAAAUAAGUUUUAAAAAAAAGUUAUUAUUUUUGUUAAUAUUAGACAAGUGACAAAAGAACAGAAGACGAACACUUUCAACCAGCGAAAAUUGUUCAUUUAAUCAUUAAAGUAUCAUUUUCGAAAUUGAUAACAAGUACUAAACGUAAUUUGACAUUGCAACGAGAAGUGAUUGAUAAAAAUAUAAAACGUAAGUCAAAACUUAAAAGUGUUUGUUUGAAACUAUUUAUUAUUGAAAUAUCCAUUGAAAUCGAAAAGAAUAAUGGGUACCGGAUGUUCAUCGUGUCUAAAAGGGGAUGAAACAGUUGUUGUUCAACCAGAUACGGCUGCCCGACGUCAAAUGCAAAUGGAAGCAGCCGAACGUCGACGACAAGAAAGUGAAAAUCGUGGCAUCAAAAAUCCGGAAAAAGUGCGUCAAAUGCAAGAACGAACCGCAAGAAUAGAAAAACAGGAGAUUGAAGCAGCUAAAAUGGGUGAACCCACCCUACGGUGGACAUCUGAUUGAAAAUAAUGUUUAUUCCAUCGAAUUGCACAUCCAAAGAAAGUUUACUUGCACUGUGCACUGUGAUAAUCCAGCAAAUUGUGAAACUCAGCCGUGGAUCUUGUUUUUAUCUAAAAAAAUUGAUUAAAUGUUCAACUCGUCUAUAUAGUAUUUCAAUUGUUCUUUUGCCAAAAAUAUUCUAUCAUUUCUAUAUGCGCGUAAUCGAAAGUCAAAAGUGAUUCAUGCAUUUUGGACCAUUUCCUCUAAGAGAUAACGGUUUUAAGCCGUUCAACACACGUUUACCAUUGAUAUACCAUUUUUUAUUAAUCUACAUCUUGUUACAACAAUAAAACGUCAUUUUAAACAAAACA